AUGAGCAACCAGAUCGAAUUCGAGAAUCUGCUCAAUUUCCGAGAUGUGGGAGCUUUCAUCAAUGCAACAGUUGGGUCGCCGGUCUUGAAACCCGCCCUGCUGUUCAGAAGCGCCCGUCCCGAUGAAGCCACACCCGCCGAUCGACAUCAACUGGUGGACCAACACCACAUCAAAACAAUCAUUGACCUCCGCUCCAGCACAGAGCACAUCAAUGCUGCCAAAAAGCGCGGUGUAGACCAGUUCGCCGGCGCUGCAGCAGAAGCUGUCCAAAUCCCGGGCAUCCACUAUGCAAACAUCAAUCUCAACGGGAAGGGGUUCGAACGCUAUCUCGUCUGGCAAUUGAAGUACCUGAGCUUGGCCAAGCUUGUUCUGCUCAUGGCAUUGGGAUACCGCACACAGGGUAUCUCGGUGCUUGGAAAAGAGUUGAUGCUGCCUCGUGGUCUCGCCGGCCUGGGCAUCGACACUCUCGACCACAGCGGUCCAGAAAUCAAGGACUUCUUCCAUGUUCUUGCCGACGAAAGCUCCUGGCCGAUUCUGGUGCACUGUACCCAGGGCAAGGACCGCACUGGUAUCACCGUCUUACUGACUCUCCUCUUGUGUGGCAUUCCCAUCCAGGCAAUCACUAAGGAUUAUCUUUUAUCCGAGGAGGAGUUGGAGCCCGAGAAAGAAGCCCGCAUGGAGGAGAUUGCGAGCAUAGGGCUGGACGAGUCCUUUGCAGGGUGUCCUCCCGAUUUUUGUGAAGUCGUAGUCCAGCACAUCGACACCAAAUAUGGAGGUAUCAGCAGUUACCUCCGAAGUGUUGGGGUUGAAGAUAGCCAGCAAGACAGAAUCAAGAAAUUCCUCGGUUAUGAAUCAACGUCGCCUUGA